AUGCAGCGACUCAAUUUCGCCCUUCCCUACCGCCUAGUGUGGCAGUCCAAGGUAGGUCCUGCUGCCUGGAUGGGCCAAGACACAGCCGAUGCUCUACGAGGUCUCGCUCGUCUUGGACGAAAACACGCCAUCUUGGUGCCUAUUGCCUUCACCACCGAGCAUAUAGAAACCCUUUACGAGUUGGAUAUUGAGUAUGCUGCGGACUUAGCUAAGGAAGUUGGAAUGUCUGUUGUCCGACGGGCAUCUGCACCUAAUGAUAAUCCUUUGUUCAUUCAGGGUAUGGCUACUUUGCUUCUGCGCCACUUAAGAAGCGGGGAGGUCGCCUCUCAACAGUUCUUCCUUCGUUGUCCUGGUUGCACCAACGAUCGGUGUUCCAAGGUUCGUCACUUUAUUUCUGGAGAAGCCAGUCGUGUGUCAGAGUGGACUAAAUCUCAGGGAUUUCGCGACGCACCUGAUUCCUUGCGGACAAACUCCCUUUAG